AUGGAUUCUGUUCAGUUAGUUUUUGUGGCAGUAUUUAUAGGACUUAUAUCAGCUGUUGGUGUUCUUUUCUUUCAGCAGAGACGGAUAAGCCAUUCAAGUGGAUCCAAAUCUCCUUUCAAUAAGCCCUCAUUUCUUAUAUUAGGUUUAAGUAAUAGUGGGAAGACAGCAUUAUACUAUAAAAUCGUGCAAGCAUCUUGUUCAAAUGAUGAGUUUGCGGAAGAAAAGGUGAAAGAAUCUAGAUCUGAAAUAGUUUCUACUGUUUCUUCUAUUGAGCCAAAUAUCACUACUUUACGUUUCCCAAUUGCUCAUGAUAAGAUCAACAUUCCAUACCAAGUGAUUGAUUAUCCUGGACAUUUGAAAUUGACUAGUUUAUUGAACAAAUUGAUGAUUGAGCAAAUCACCUUGAAGAAGAUCCGAGGUAUUAUGUAUGUGAUUGAUCUGAGUAGUCUUGUAUUAAACAAUGAAGAAACGGUUCAAUUAAUGGCUCGUCAAUUAUUUCAAUUGUUAAGUAAAACUGAAAGAUUACCUACUGGAAUUGAUUUUUGUUUUGCUGUUAAUAAGCAAGAUUUAUUUGAUGCCAAGCCUGUGUUCAAAGUACGGGAGUUACUUGAAACUGAAUUGAAUAAGAUCAUUCAUAGUGAAUUAGAAGCAAAGACUCAGAAUGCCUCUGGAAUUACUAAUAAUGUCGAAGGAAAUGACGAUAAUGACGAUGAAGACGGAAAUGGAUCUGGAAAUAGUGAAUCUGUUAGAGAUUUAUGGGUAAGUAUCCUUGGACGACCAGAAAAUACAUUCAGAUUCGAUAUGCUUGAAGGGAACAUGGAUUUCCUUGGGGGCUCUGUAUUAAAGAAUAAAGUGGAUGCGUGGGAGAAUUGGUUUGAUGAGAAGCUGGUAAACAAUUAA